AUCAACGGGACUACAGGUGAUGCAGGUGAACUUCAAACUACUGAUCUGAUGAUUUCUGUGAUUCGACAUGAGAGAACUCCCACCUGCUACGAUGUGAACUUGCAUAGAAUGAUUCUACUGUCCUCUAUGUCUUGGUCUGUUAACUGCAAACAUUCUUAUUUAGCUACAUUCACGCGUUUUGGUUCUGGGAAAACAACAUUGCUGAACACACUUCUUGCUCGGAACCUGAAAGGACUAGAAGUAGAAGGCACCGUCGAAGUGAAUGGUAAUGAGGUUGGUCGUCAAAUAUCAGCAAUAUCGGGCUAUGCUCAACAGGAAGAGUUGUUCAUUGGUACUCUAACCGUUCGCGAAUACUUAUCUAUCCAGGCCGUCCUCCGGACGAAUCUAUCAAAGAAGGGGAGAGAAUUACGCGUGGGCGCUAUAUUAUCCAAACUCGGUCUCACAAAGUGUCAAAACACUAGGAUUGGUGUCGUUGGCAUUCGCAAAGGCAUAUCAGGUGGUGAGGCUCGCCGUUUAACUUUUGCGUGUGAGAUGCUCUCGAAUCCAGCACUUCUUUUCUGUGACGAACCCACUACCGGACUUGACUCGUUUAUGGCUGAAAAUGUUGUAACAGUACUGUCUAAACUGGCGAACGGGGGAAGGACCAUCGUGUGUACCGUGCACCAGCCUGCGUCUCAGCUCUUUCUAAUGUUUGAUCGUGUAAUGCUUCUAGCGGGUGGCCACACUGCAUUUUUCGGAACACCGCAAGAGUGUAUAAAGUUUUUCGAAGAAUGCGGAUAUCCUUGUCCUCGUAACUACAAUCCUGCCGAUCUUCUCAUUCAUACUCUGGCCAUUGUACCUAACGAAGAGGAAGCAUGUCGAAUUCGUACCAAGAUACAAACCAGUUACAGGAGUUAUGGGAAGACUUUGAUUCGGGAGAUAGCAAGCAUUCCUCUUAGCAAAGUUCCUAACGGUCGUCGUCAAAUCCAUUUCUUCACUCAAGUUGCUGCCCUCCUGCACAGACAUUGUCUGGAUAAUUUACGGAAUCCUGCUCUGGCGCGAGCUAAAUUUCUCCAGAAAACAGUAUUGGGUCUUUUCAUUGGGCUGCUUUAUUUUCAGACUCCUUUAACGAUUAUUGGUGUUGGAAACCUGAACGGUGCACUGUUUUACAUAGUCUGUGAGCUAACGUAUUCGACCUUGUUCGGUAUUCUCGCAUGUAUACCGUCUGAUCAUCCGCUCGUGAUAAGAGAACAUCAUGAUGGUCUUUAUAGCGUUAUCAGUUAUUAUUUGGCCCGUAUUAUAUCAUACAUGCCACUCUUCAGCUUAGAUGGACUCGUGAUGCUUUAUGUGUGCUAUUGGAUGGUUGGAUUCUCCAGCUCCCUCUCGCAAGUAUUGUUGGCCUCACUCAUCAGUUUUCUUACGGAGCAAUCAGCUACGGCUUGUGGUGUUAUGAUUGGAUCAAUAUCGCCAUCGUAUCCAGUACCAAUUGUCAUGACUUUUUAUAUUGCUGCCUCGUUGGCGGGCCCGCUUCUUACGUUACUGUCUCUAACUGGUGGUUUGUAUGCAAACGUUGGCUCACUACCAGUUUAUAUUAGCUGGAUCCAAUAUUUCAGUUGGUUCAGAUAUGGAUUCGAGUUGUUUGCUAUUAAUCAAUGGGAGGAAGUGAAUAAUUCGACGAUUUGGGGACCAAAGUAUCGUGACGAAGUCUUGAGCCAAUUGUCCUUCAAAGCAGAUCGAUUCACAUUGGAUCUCAUAUUAAUAACGGCGUUCAUCUUCGGAUUCUAUGUUAUCGGAUACGUAGGAUUACUGAUCCGGGUCUAUCGAGCAAGAUAG